AAGCUAUCCAGCUUCUCUCUCUCUCUCUCACUCUCAUUCUCUCCCUCCCUCCCUCCUUUCCUCCCUUCCUCCCUACCAACCUCCCUUCCUCUCCGAAGCUCCUGCUCUCUCCCUCUCCCUCCUCUCCCGUGCUCCCUCCCUCCCUCCUUCCCUCCCUCCCUCCCUCCUCUCUCGCUCUCCCUCUCCUCUCCUGCUAUAGAGGGCUCCGACAGCAGUUCCCAGCCAGUGUGUUCAGCCUGCCUGCCUGCCUGCCUCUGUGUGUGUGUGUGUGUGUGUGAGCGUGUGCGUGCGUCUACUUUGUACUGUGAGGAACACAGCCCAUGUGCUCUGCAUGGACGUUACUGAUACUCUGUUUAGCUUGAUUUUCGACAAGCAGGCAAGAUGUCCAGCACACCACAUGACCCCUUCUAUUCUUCUCCUUUCGGCCCAUUUUAUAGGAGACAUACACCAUACAUGGUGCAGCCAGAGUACCGAAUCUAUGAGAUGAACAAGAGACUGCAGUCUCGCACAGAGGAUAGCGACAACCUCUGGUGGGACGCGUUUGCCACCGAGUUUUUUGAAGACGAUGCCACGUUAACUCUUUCAUUUUGUUUGGAAGAUGGACCAAAGCGCUACACUAUCGGCAGGACCCUUAUCCCUCGCUACUUUAGCACUGUGUUUGAAGGAGGGGUGACCGACCUGUAUUACAUCCUCAAACACUCGAAAGAGUCCUACCACAAUUCAUCCAUCACAGUGGACUGUGACCAGUGUGCUAUGGUCACCCAGCAUGGGAAGCCCAUGUUUACCAAGGUAUGUACAGAAGGCAGACUGAUCUUGGAGUUCACCUUUGAUGAUCUCAUGAGAAUAAAAACAUGGCACUUUACCAUUAGACAAUACAGAGAGUUAGUCCCAAGGAGCAUUCUAGCCAUGCAUGCACAAGAUCCUCAGGUCCUGGAUCAGCUGUCCAAAAACAUCACCAGGAUGGGACUAACAAAUUUCACCCUCAACUACCUCAGGUUGUGUGUAAUACUGGAGCCAAUGCAGGAACUGAUGUCGAGACAUAAAACUUACAACCUCAGUCCACGAGACUGCCUGAAGACCUGCUUGUUUCAGAAGUGGCAGCGGAUGGUGGCACCCCCAGCAGAACCCACAAGGCAGCCGACAACCAAGCGGAGAAAAAGGAAAAACUCCACGAGCAGCACGUCCAACAGCAGCGCCGGGAACACCACCAACAGCACCGGCGGCAAGAAGAAGACUCCGGCCGCCAACCUGAGUCUGUCCAGUCAGGUACCUGGGCUAGGAGCGAUCCCGAACUGCAGCCUCAACCCUGGGAGGGAUGGAGACCUGUGUCAUUCUACAGCAGUGACCCCUUCUGGCCAAUUUAAGGAGAAGCAUUGAGGGGCCCUGAAAGGAGUCACUUCCAGUCCUCCUCAGAGGAUGUGAUGGUGGUAGGAGAGCCAACUCUGAUGGGAGGUGAGUUUGGGGACGAGGACGAAAGGCUAAUCACUAGAUUAGAAAACACGCAAUAUGACGCGGCCAACGGCGUGGACGACGAGGAAGACUUCAACAGCCCCCCCGCCCUGGGGAACAGCAGCCCGUGGAGCAGUAAACCCCCCGCCGCUCAAGAGACCAAAUCAGAAAACGCCCCGCCCCAGGCUCCCCAGUGAGACUGACCCGCACCUGCACCCACUGUCAGUAGGCCGUGGGGUACACACACCCACGCUUGCAGAUCCUUGCCUACAGGAGAGGAAGGAGGAGAAAUAAAAACUUUUCCAUGCGAAUACCUAUUUCUAAAUCACAAUGAUCUGAGUUCGAGUUUCUUUCUUUGUUCCUUUUUGAAUUGAGAGGAUUAUUCCAGUAAACUUCCAUGACCCUUCCCUGGAGGCCUUCGCAGGUAACACAGAUACUGGCACUGAUGGUAAUUAAAACCAGAGCGAACGCUCGCGCUUCUCCUGGCUCGGUGUUAACCACAUGUUUGUUAAUUACACGCCCCGCCCCGCCCCGCCCCGCCCCGCCCCGCCCAACCUAACCCAGCCCAACCCAACCAAGGCCAUAUUGUCAAUACGCCCUCAGUGCUCAGGGUCUCGUUAUAUGCCGACCCUAACCACAGAUGACUUUUUAAUAUUGUAAAAUAUUUUCUGCUUUUUGACUUGCAUCUGAGAGUUUCUUGUUUCAGUAAAAAAAGAAAAGAAAAAAAAUCAGCUUUUGGACAGUAAUUUAAGUGUAUCCUUAUUAAUUUUUAUUACUUUCUUCACCUUUUCCUUCAUUGGGUAACAGCUAAGAGGGCCUAGCAGGGUAAUUUAUGGGUGAGCUAAUGUCAAUCGGUUCUCCAACCCGAGUUGGUUCAAUUGAGCCCAAGUGCUGAAACAAGAAAUGUCUUUUUGUCAUCGAAGACGCCGAGGUGGAUUUUUUAUGUAAAGAAAGACACCUACCUGGCCCGUUGAGAACUGAUGCGUUUGUAAAAUUGCUGUUGAUCCAGAUCUUUUCAAGCCAUGUAAUCCAUUAAUUUUGUGGGCAGUUUAAUAAAUCUGAAACUUUUUUGUGUUUUUUAUUGUAUCUGAGUUGACUGUUGUUUCUUUUCAUAGUAUAUUUCUUGUAUAAUAUUUUGUAAAGCCCUCCCUUGGUUCUUUUAUGGGGAUUUUUCUUUUGGGGCAAUUCCAGUGUAUUUAUGUGAAACUUUAUAAGAGAACUAAUUUUUCCAUUUGCAUAUUAAUAUGUUCUGCCACACAUGUAAAGACACAGUGGCUCCGUGUGUUAUAAAACAGCUGUAUUUUAUGUAUGCUUUACCGAUAAGUGUGCCAAUAAUAAACUGUGUUAACGA